CAAAACAAACACUUCAUGUUGACAGUUUUAACUUAAAAAAUGUUACGACUUUCAAAAAUCUUGCCGAGCGUAGCAAGAUGCGUCCGAAAUUUGCAGCCCCGUUUGAUGUAUUCUUCGAAAAACAAAGACAAAAAGGAGAAAAAAAGUGAUAUUAGGGUCACCGACCACUUCUACGACUGUCUAAUAAUCGGCGCCGGAGGCGCCGGCUUACGCGCCGCCUACGGCUUGGUCUCCAAGGGCUUCAACGUCGCCGUGGUCAGCAAAAUCUUCCCCACCAGAUCCCACACCGUGUCCGCCCAAGGCGGGAUCAACGCAGCCUUAGGCAACUACGAGCCCGACAACUGGUACUGGCACUUCUUCGAUACCGUGAAAGGUUCCGACUGGCUGGGGGACCAAGACGCUAUACACUACAUGACCCGUGAAGCCCCUAAGGCUAUUUUCGAGUUGGAGAACUGCGGCAUGCCGUUCUCUCGGUUUAAAGACGGGAAGAUUUACCAGCGGGCCUUCGGGGGGCAGUCUUUGGACUGCGGUAAAGGGGGCCAGGCGCAUAGAACCUGCGCUGCCGCCGACAGCACCGGUCAGUACAUGCUGCACGCCCUGUAUGGUCAGGCGGUCCGCUACGACUGCCGCUUCUUCGUCGAGUACUACGCGCUGGAUUUGAUUAUGACCGAGGAGAGGUGCUGCGGGGCGAUCGUGUGGGAACUGGGGGAAGGAACCUUCCAUAGGUUUUUCGCCAGGAACACGGUCCUAGCGACGGGAGGGGCCGAAAGGUCGUACUUUUCGUGCACAGCGGCGCACUCCUCAACCGGCGAUGGCACGGCGUUAGCGACAAGAGCCGGGAUACCCUUACAGGAUAUGGAGUUCGUGCAGUUCCACCCGACAGGUAUAUAUGGGGUUGGUGUUCUGGUGACGGAGGGAGCGCGUGGUGAAGGGGGCGUCAUCACCAAUAGUAAAGGAGAGCGCUUCAUGGAGAAGUACGCCCCGUCGGCGAAAGACUUGGCGUCCAGGGACGUGGUAUCCAGGAGCGCCACUAUGGAGAUUCUAGAAGGAAGAGGUGUGGGUCCGGAGAAAGACCACGUGCACUUGGAGUUGAUGCACUUGCCGAAGGAACACAUCAGGAAGCAGCUGCCUGGGAUUAGUAAUACCGUAGCUGGGUUUACAGGCCGGGACGUUACUAAAGAACCAAUCCCUAUAAUACCCACUGUACACUACAACAUGGGGGGUAUCCCGAGCAACUACAAAGGACAGGUCGUUACGCAGCUGCCUGACCAAUCCGAGCAAGUCGUUUGCGGUCUCUACUGUUGCGGCGAGUGCGCAUGCGUCUCAGUCCACGGCGCCAACAGACUCGGAGCCAACUCACUCCUCGAAACCGUCAUUUUCGGCCGAGCCGUUGCUGACACCAUCGCCGAUUUAAACAAACCAGGAGACGAUAUCCCGCAGGCCGAAGAGUGGAUGGGUGUGCCCGCCAUGGACAAUUUCGAGAAACUGCGCCAGCAAAGGGGUACCCGGACCGUGGGAGACCUGCGCCUCGAGUUACAAAAAACCAUGCAAAAGUAUGCGGGAGUGUUUCGUAACCAGGAACUACUAGCUGAAGGGUGCGUCAAGGUUUUCGAUCUCUACAAAGAGUUGAAAAACGUGUCGGUGUGCGACGACUCUCUCAUUUGGAACUCGGAUCUCGUGGAAGCUCUAGAGUUACAAAAUCUUUUUAUCAAUUCGCUGCACAUGAUUCGGUCUAUGGAGCAAAGGAAGGAGUCGCGUGGCGCGCAUGCGCGGGACGAUUUUAAGGUACGAGAAGACGAAUACGAUUAUGCGCAGCCGGUAGACGGUCAACAAAAACGGGGAAUUGAAGAUCAUUGGAGAAAACACACGCUGAGUUGGCUGGAGGUCGAAACCGGAAAAGUGUGCUUCACGUUCCGUCCCGUUAAUGACCACACCCUCGACGAAGACGAAUGCCCCCCCGUCCCGCCCAUAAUAAGGAAGUACUGAAUAAGUGCGAACGACUUAACUUUAUGAAAAAAAAUUUAUAUAAAUUAUACACCUUUCCUGUACAACAGAAAAACAAAUCUGUACAGCGCCAUUUGAAU